UGGUCUUUUAACCAAUUAGAUAAAAAGAAACGGAAAAGGUCCCGAAAUCUGAGAACCUAAAACCCCAACAAAGCCCUUUUAGCACUUCGCCGGUCGAAUCUCAUCUCAUCUCUCUCAGAGCCCUCGCGAUCCGAAACAUGGCCACUUUCGCCGCCAGGUCCGUCCUCCGCUCCGCCACUUCCUCCGCCAGAACUGCCGCCACGAGAGUUGCCGCCGCUGCCAAGCCUAAGGCCUCUACUUCUCCCUUUCGCCUCCCCACUCAAAAACCCCUCACUGCUCGCAUUUUCAGGUCGCCUGUUGAAAUGAGCUGCGCAGUUGAAACAAUGCUUCCUUAUCACACUGCCACUGCUUCUGCGUUGCUGACUUCAAUGCUUUCCGCUACGCCUCGGAGUUAUGGUUGGACUCUUGAGGGGCAAAAGAGGACUAGAUGAAGAUCAUGAAAUGAAGUUCAAAUUUGUGAAUCAUGCAGCUGGUAUUGAUUGUUGAUGAGUUAAUUUCAUAUUAAGCUUCAAGAAAACUGAAUCAGAUAGUCUGUGGGACCAAAAGUUGCUUAGAUAUGAAUUUUGCAUUUCCAGUUGUAGUUGUUAAGUUGUCAGCAUCAUUCUAAUACUUGGUAUUUAAUCAGAUUGCAAUGAUGAUGUAUGAUGAUUGUCAGAGAGUUCAAGCGAAGUUUUAUAUCCAUGCAGUCUAAGCAACUGAUAAGUAGAGUACUGAAUGAGAACUUGGGACACUUUCCUUUCUGUGAAUUCUGGCUUCUGUUGGACUCUAUUAUCAUUUGGUAUUUACAUGUUGAAGUCCUAUGGAAGCACAUUGUUAUUAGAUAUUGUGGGAUGGCUAAAGCUUUAAUUUGUCUCAAAAACGUUUUACCCAAGCCUUAAUAAUGUUUUCUUUUGUGGUGUUA